UCCCCCGGGGUUCUUAUUUAGUUAUGUGCAGAUUUGAACUUGUGAAGAUUUGGACUUGUGAAGCAAUCUACCAACAAAUCAUAAAUCGCUUAUUUAACCAAAUAAAUUAGUCUAACCAAAGUGCUUGCAUAGUGCCUACGUGAUUUUACCUGAAAAUGGCUCUAAGACUUUUCGUAGGAUUAAAAAAUUUGAAGAUUUUCUGGAAUGGAUCUCCUUUAGUGCGUACUAUAUCAAAUAUUAAGUAUGAUGAUAUUGUCAUUAAUACAACCAAAUCCCCACGAAAAAAGCCUGAAAAAGGUUCUCAGUUACCAUUUGGUGAAAUUAUGUCAGAUCAUAUGCUUGUUGUCAAUUGGACGGCCAAAUGUGGGUGGAGUGCUCCAAAGAUAAACCCUUAUGAUUUUAUUCCAAUGCAUCCAUCUUCAUCUGUUUUGCACUAUGGCUUAGCAUGUUUUGAAGGUAUGAAGGCGUACAAAAGUGCUAAUGGGAACAUAUAUAUGUUUCGUCCAAAUGAAAAUAUGAAUCGAUUUCAUAGAUCUUCUACGAGGCUUAGUAUGCCUGGAUUUGAUAAAGAUGAACUUCUAAAAUGUAUAGCUGAAUUAGUAAGAGUUGAUCAGAGUUGGAUUCCUGAUGCAGAAAAUUCAUCAUUGUACAUCAGACCAACAAUGAUAAGUACUGAGUCAACUCUUGGAGUAAGACCACCUGCUAGUGCUAUGCUUUUUGUUAUAACUGGUCCGGUUGGACCAUAUUUCUCGACUGGUAUUUUUAAGCCAAUAUCAUUACUUGCAGAUCCUAGUUUUAUUAGAUCAUGGCCUGGAGGAAUAGGUGACAUAAAAGCAGGAGGUAACUAUGCACCCACCAUUUAUCCUCAACGUAUUGCUGAAUCAAAAGGAUGUGCACAAUGUCUUUGGUUAUAUAAUGAUGAGGUGACUGAGGUUGGUACAAUGAAUAUUUUUAUGCACUGGAUUAAUGAACAAGGAGAGGAAGAACUGAUUACUCCAGCAUUAAAUGGUCUUAUUUUACCUGGUGUGACAAGAAAAUCCCUUUUAGAGCUUGCACGAGAAUGGAAUGAAUUUAAAGUUUCUGAAAAAUCUUUCACAAUUCAACAAAUGAUUAAAGCUGCAAAUGAAGGGAGGAUUAAAGAGGUUUUAGGAGCAGGCACUGCAUGUGUGGUUUUGCCCAUAGAAAAGAUCUUAUAUAACAAUGAGUUUGUUCGAGUUGAUACACCAAAUGGUUUUCCUUUGUCUCAAAGACUUUUUAAAGAACUCACAGAUAUUCAGUAUGGUCGCAAGUCGCACCAUUGGAGUUACUUAGUGAGUUCGCAUUGAAAAAAAGAAAAAAAUAUUUUUAAAAUCAAUUAUUUAAGUAUUUAAUAUUUAAGUGUGUGUGUGUGUGUGUGUGUGUGUGUGUGUGUGUGUGUGUGUGUGUCUA